AUGGGUGCUUCUGGAUCAGCCGAUGACAUUAAUGCCAUGGAAAUUCACCACUGGUAUACAAAAUUUAUGAAGGAGUGCCCAUCUGGGCAACUUUGUCUGCAUGAAUUUAAGCACGUCUUGGAUCUGCAUGGACUUACUCCAGAAGCUAACAGCUAUGUUGAACAAGUAUUUCAUACCUUUGACAUGAAUAAGGAUGGAUUUAUAGACUUCUUGGAGUUCAUAGCGGCAAUAAAUUUGGUUAUACGAGGAAAAAUUGACCAAAAAUUGAAAUGGUAUUUUAAGCUAUAUGAUGCUGAUGGAAACGGAUGUAUUGACAAAAAAGAACUGUUGAGCAUAUUCGCGGCUAUCCAGGCCAUUAAUGGACAGACCAACAUGACUGCCGAAGAAUUCACUAACAUGAUAUUUCAGAAGAUAGACGUGAACAAUGAUGGGGAACUGACUUUAGAAGAGUUUAUCACUGGUGUGGAAAGAGACGAAGAUCUAAUGGAAUUGAUUACAAAAAGUUUCGACCUUUCCAAUGUAAUCAAAGUCAUACAGAACGGCAGGCGGCACAGCAUCUGAAGGAUUCAGUGAUGGAUGUUGCAUCUGUGUCGUUGACUCAGGGAAGAUAAUAUUUCCUACAUUCAGAGAGCUUGAUGUUGUCAAAACCAGCCCAGACAGUACUGAUCCACCAGCUCUAAGAAAAAAUCUCCCUUGGAAUUUUCACUCUUGAUUCCACAUCUUUCCAUUUCUUUAUUCUUUCUCUCGCUAAUGACCUUGGCAGCUACAGAACACAAAUUUUUACCCAUGUGUAAUAGAAAAGAUAUUUGAUGCAGUACAAAUAAUUUGUUUGGUUUCUAUGAACACCUCAGGGUAAUCAAUAAAACAGUAACGAUAUUGUAAAAUGCAACCUUUCUAGAAGACAUGGAAUUAAUACAAUUGUUAUUUCAAAUGUAGGUUCAUUAACCUACUAUUUUAGUGUGGUGAUAGGUAGGAUUGGCUUCUAUCUGGGUCCAUUAAAAAUAAAGCCUAGUUUGCAUUAAUUUAACAUUUGCUCUAAUCAGCGCUCAAAAUAAGAGCAGAUUCUUGGGGAAAUACCUCAGUAAGCUCAGUAUUCCAGAGAUAUGCAUCCUCUUUAACAAGCCAUCUACAACUCUUGAUUUUAUUACAUCUGUAAAUUACAAUAAUGUGAUGCUUUAAUGCUUUUGGCAGGGUUCAGCCACUGUUAUUUCAAAUUAACCUUUAG